AAUAUAGCCUUUCAGCUUUUUAGAAGCCUAUGGUUUCGUCGGCCCCUGGUUAGUCUUGGUGGUAGGGCUCGGAUCUGAAGACACACUCAGGCACGCGAACCAAGUCCCACAAAACAUUGCGUUUCCACCUGACGUCGUUGGUCUGUUUACGUUACCAAGGAGAAGAGCCACACACCUUAUCGAAACACUAAGGACGCUACUUGCGUUUUAUCUCAAGAAACUUCAGCGCUAUCUACAAGCUCAGAAAACAGUUGGAGGAACAACACCCUCAAAUGAUAUGCCAGGAUCAGGAAGGAGUGUAACAUUUGGCUGACCUCCAGUGUGGCGAUCCCAUCAGGAGAGAGCAAUGGCACCAUUCCUGUGUGACCUUCUGUGAAUCCCACCAAUGAAGAACAUCAUAUAUUGAUAUAGUGAGCGAGACAGAGAGUGUGAGAAAGAGAGGACUGGUAGAACUAUCAUUUAGGAGAGAGAAGCACCCUGAAACUCGCUCAAGCUGAUGAUUCUGAGACAAUGAAUCGCUACACGCAACUGAAGCAGUUGGGAGAUGGCACUUAUGGCAGCGUGCUCAUGGGGAAAAGCAACGAGUCGGGAGAACUGGUGGCCAUCAAGAGAAUGAAGAGGAAGUUUUAUUCGUGGGAAGAGUGCAUGAAUCUGAGAGAAGUGAAGUCACUGAAGAAGCUGAAUCAUGCCAACGUGGUGAAGUUAAAGGAAGUCAUCAGAGAAAACGACCACCUGUACUUUGUCUUUGAAUACAUGAAAGAGAAUCUCUAUCAGCUCAUGAAGGACAGGGAAAAUAAGAUGUUCACUGAGAAUGAAAUUAGGAACAUCAUGUUCCAAGUGCUGUCUGGGAUGGCGUUUGUGCACAAGCAUGGAUUCUUCCACCGGGAUAUGAAACCUGAAAACCUGCUCUGCAUGGGCCCAGAGCUGGUCAAGAUAGCAGACUUUGGAUUGGCCAGAGAGAUCCGCUCCCGCCCCCCAUACACGGACUAUGUGUCCACAAGAUGGUAUCGCGCCCCAGAGGUGCUGCUCAGGUCGUCCAUCUACAGCUCUCCCAUAGACAUGUGGGCAGUGGGCUGCAUCAUGGCUGAGCUCUACGCCCUUAGGCCUCUGUUCCCCGGGAACAGCGAGGUGGACGAGAUCUUCAAGAUCUGUCAGGUUCUGGGCACAGUCAAGAAGUCUGACUGGCCGGAGGGCUACCAGCUGGCCUCGGCCAUGAACUUCCGCUUCCCUCAGUGUGUGCCCACCCACCUGAAGACCCUCAUCCCCAACGCCAGCACAGAGGCCAUCGCCCUGAUGAAGGACCUGCUCAUGUGGGACCCUAAGAAGAGACCCACGGCCGUGCAGGCUCUGCGGUACCCUUACUUCCAGGUGGGCCAGGUGUUGGGGCCUCGGCCCGGGAGUGAGAUACGCAAGGCCACGGUGAGGACUCAAUCCCGAGGCUCAUCAGAGCCCAAAGGUGAGCUGCAGUCCUCUUCAGCAGACUCCUCUGCCCGGACUUCCCAGGGCCACCACCCCAAAGCCUCCAGCAGACACCACCAGGCCCCCCAACAGCCACUCCAGCAGACAGACCAUCAGACUGACCAGACAUUUUCACAUGGCCAAGUCACUAACUCCAACACGAAGCCAUCUGCCGUGGUGGGGACCGGGACUGGGAGUGAGAACAGUGCAGCGGUAGGUCUGAAGAGCGGGCGGAGGCGCUGGGGCCAGACAGUGGUAAAGGCCACAGAGAGCUGGGACGAGUCAGAACCUUCUGAGACCUCUGUGUCCCACUCCAAGAAACCCAGCCUGGGAUCAGAGGAGGAGAAGGGCCACAAGGACCAAAGUAAUCCGCAAUCCAAAGAGCAAAAACCAAUAUACUCCUUCAGCACUGUUACUAAGUUACCAAGCAAUAUUAAGAUGGGCCAAAUGGACUCCAGUCUCCCGGGCUCCUCAGCAAGACAACAUUACCUGAGUCAAUCAAGAUAUCUGCCUGGGUUGAUCGGCAAGAACUCUAUAGACAAGGAGCCCAGUGGGCCGACACUCAGAGAUCUGUGGGACAACUCCACCAAUGUCAACAGUAAACCCCUUGGUCCCAUUGGAGCUGGUUUGUCCGUCACCAGAGUCAACGCAGAAGACACUGAUAACCCUUCUGAUAAAUCUACGGAUAAAUCUGUUCUAAAAGAAAGAAUACCUGAUUCAGCUAAAGGAAACUUUGUCAGUACAAAGUACAAUCUGUCUGGAGGUUAUGUUCCCUCCUUUCAGAAGAAAGAGGUUGGCUCUGUGGGUCAAAGGAUCCAGCUUGCUCCUCUUGCCGGCCAGCACACAAUUGAUCUUUCUACUCCUGAUAACAAAAAUGUCAAACCAAAACCUUCAAAGACAAAGUCCACCUCCAGCACGCCAAUGAGUGAAAACACUGAAGAUUAUGACGGCUGGAAAAGGAGGGCGGACAAGCCUCAAAUCAAAGGCCAGGGCUACUCUGCCCUGGGGAAAACCUCUGGCAACCUUCUGACUAGAGGUCCACCUGUACAGCCAGUCCAUGGGAGGGUAGACUGGGCAUCCAAGUAUGGAGGCAAUCGGUAGUGCAUCAAGAGAUGCUGUAAACCCAACUCACAGGUUUAGCCAGUCUUUGCACUGAGAAGGAAAACCCUUUGUAGCUCUGCUCUGAACUUUACUUCCCUCAGUGCAUGUACUUCUGAAAGGCCUCCAAUACAUUACAACUAAGUAACAAAUGUACUGGGAUGUUCAAGGAGAUAUAUACAUGUUGUUGGUUUUAUACUGGCAUCAUUGGGUGAUAUAUGAAGGCAAGACAUAUGCCAGGAGGCCAGUUUCCUGUAACUUGGCGCCAUCUAUGGCAGUGUUUCCCAACUCCAGUCCCCUCAACAGUACAUAUUGUUGUUGUAGCCCCGAACAAAAAUACCUGAUUCAA